AUGGUGAAUGUUCACACGGUGGAAAUAAUCGUGACUUUCAGCAGUGAUUAUUCUUCUAGCUCUUCUGAAGAGGAUUCCGAAAUUCCUAGGCCAGAGAUGAAAACUUCUUCAGCAGAAGCACGUGCCAAAAUGGAACGAUCACUGAAGGAUACUAAGGAAAUUAUAAAUGGUAUGUCCCUUGAUCGUCUGAAGGUUGUUCGUUAUGGAUUCUUGAAGAGAAAAACUGAGGAUGAGAUAUUAUAUGAUUAUCGGCAAAAGAGACACCGACUUCAGCAGAAAAGGCUAGCAGCUGAGGAGAAACUUCGAUCUCGUGCCGAUGGCAUAGCUUCAGACUCAGAUGCUGAGGAAGUCGAAUCCAUAUGGGAGCCGAAGAAACGCAAAAUUAGGACAUAUCCGCCUGCCAGGGAGAUUGAGCGAUUGGUCGAGGCUGAUCUCCAAUCCGAACGCGAGGAAGAAGAGUAUUGGGAUGCAAUGUACGGCGAUCCCGAGGAGAGUGAAGUCUCUAGUGAGGAUUCAGACAGCAACUCCGAGGAAGAGUUUGAAGAGGAUUCUACAAACGACGAUGAUGAUGACAAUGAAUCUUAA